UCGCGCUGCAUCCUGGGUACACAUAGCUCCGCUGUGAUGCAGUGAGCCUGUUGUGUUGACUGGAGAGACCAGCGGAAAGUGCACAGCGGGGACGGGGCACUGCCGCCGACGGGUGGGCUUUCUCAGCCGCUUUCACAAUGCGCCUUUCGCCGAGUUGAACUCGCUCUCACACAACCAUGCAUCAACUUGGUCGGCAGGGAGCGAGCCACAUCUGAGCCCCGACGACGAGCGCUUGCUGGCUGGCCGAGGAGGUUUUGGGGAGAGGAGGGGGGGGGGAGAGAGAGCGACUAUGAAGCAGCCGAGCGCCCCGCUCUCUGUUGUCGGCUUGACUGGGAAAUGGUAGCGCGCUGCAGGGACCGCCGCACCGGGAAGGAUCAUGGUCGAGAGGAGCAGCAAAUUCUUGUUGAUCGUCGUCGGAUCCGUGUGCUUUAUGCUGAUCCUCUAUCAGUACGUGGCCCCCGGGGUGAUCAAUUUCGGCUCCCCGCACGGUUACUUCGCGGAGGACGACGAGGGGGACAUCUUCCCCACUCCGGACCCCCACUACGUUAAGAAAUACUACUUCCCCGUGCGGGACCUGCUCAGGACCAUCGACUUCCAGAUCAAGGGGGAGGACGUGAUCGUGUUCCUGCACAUCCAGAAGACGGGCGGGACUACCUUCGGCCGGCACCUGGUCCAGAAUGUGCGCCUGGAGGUCCCCUGCGACUGCAGACCGGGCCAGAAGAAGUGUACCUGCUACCGGCCGAACCGCAAGGAGACCUGGCUCUUCUCGCGGUUCUCCACCGGCUGGAGCUGCGGCUUGCACGCCGACUGGACCGAGCUCACCAACUGCGUGCCGGGGGUCCUCAACAAGAAGGAGAACAAGCAGAAGAACCAGAGGAAGUUCUACUACAUCACUCUGCUGAGGGACCCCGUGUCCCGCUACCUCAGCGAGUGGAGGCACGUGCAGCGGGGGGCCACGUGGAAAACCUCCCUCCACAUGUGCGACGGCCGGACCCCGACGCCGGAGGAGCUGCCGUCGUGCUACGAAGGCUCCGACUGGUCGGGGUGCACCCUGCAGCAGUUCAUGGACUGUCCGUACAACCUGGCCAACAACAGACAGGUCCGUAUGUUAGCCGACUUGAGCCUGGUCGGCUGCUACAACAUGUCCACGGUGCCGGAGAAGAAGCGGGCCCAGCUGCUGCUCGAGUCGGCCAAGAAGAACCUGCGAGACAUGGCCUUCUUCGGCCUGACGGAGUACCAGAGGAAAACGCAGUUCCUCUUCGAACGGACCUUCAGGUUGCGCUUCAUCAGGCCUUUCAUGCAGUACAACAGCACCCGGGCUGCGGGGGUGGACCUGGACAACACCACGGUGCAGCGUAUAGAGGAGCUGAACGAGCUGGACAUGGAGCUCUACGACUACGCCAGGGACCUGUUCCAGCAGCGCUACCAGUACACCCGGCAGCAGGAGCGCCGGCAGCAGCGCAUCAAGAACUACAUGCAGCAGGGCCACCAGGGACUCGGCCUGAGCGUGGGCCUGUGGCCCCCGCGCGCUCAGGCUAGCUCACAAUCGACACUGGAGGAGGGCGACGGGGAGAGGGAGGAGCAGGCGGACGGCGAGGACGGUGGCCGGACGGAGGAGGCGGGCGCCAGGCUCCCCACGGAGGACUACAUGAACCAGAUCAUCAACCGCUGGUAGCAGCAGAACGAGAACAGACGGCAGACACGCGCGUACUGUCAAAGUCAUACUCCUGCACACACACACACACAUAAAAACACACAGGCGCCGCAGAGACGUGCGUCCGCGGGAAAGCAGCGCCUUCUUCAAACGACCCGAACCAAACGCAGAUCUGGGCUGGGAGUCGCGGUCCUGUGUCGGUCGCCAUGGCGACCGGAGGCCGGUGGCUCGCAUCGACUCUCGUUAUCGAGGUUCGCCCAGUUGUUAUCGGCGCCUGCUUGCCCUUUUCGCCUGCCUGCCACAUCUCCUCGUUUCUCUAUCCCUGCUAUCAUCGUUACUACCUGAGCAAAAGGAGGGGGGGAGCAAGAAGGUCGUUAGAACUGGGAAAGGCCGGGAUGAAGGACAGAAGAAGUACGGCAGCGCCAGAGAGACUCUUAUCAGGGAUCAGGGGGGGAAAAGAACUGCAGAAAGUUGUGCGGCGAAAGCAUAAAGCACCCAUUUCAUCCAUGAGCGUACGCGUGCCCUGAAACAGUCUUAUUCAGAUUUUUUAAGAUGGGUUUUAAAUUUGUUUUGGUCUUUAAGCUUUUUUUUUUUUCUUGUUUUGUUUUUUUUUUAAAGCAGAAUUGUAAUAACACUGAGACCAACAUCGCUGCCUAAAGAAAAUUCCUUUUCUUUCUUUUUUGUUGUUUUAUAUAUAUAUAUAUGGAAGAGGAUUGGAUUGAUGAACAACGGACCAUAGCCAUUACUGAAGCCUCGCUUCUUUAAGGGAAGGGUGUCGCCAGUGUGUCUGAUAGAGGUUCCCAAAGCUCCUGUCACUUUAACAAGUUCAUUAUUUUGCCUUUUCUCUCCUUUCUUUUCUUUUUUUUUUUCUUUCUUCGUUGGUGCGCCUCAGUCCUGCAAAGAAAGACAGCCAAUUACAGAACCCAAUCGCACAUAGGUGUGAAGAAACCAGUAGCAGCAGGGCGGGGCGGUGAAGGGGGGGGGGGGUGAAAGUGCUGUAGGUUGUUGCCAGGAACCGUGCAGCGCGAGCGGCAAGUGCUUUGGAAGCCUUAACUCGGACAAAAAAAAAAUAAAGAAAGAUGCUUGAAAUUGGAGCUGCAGAACUAGCGGUCACCAUGGCAAUGCGAGCUCUUAAUGUAGUGGGUGGCAUUUUAGCUUCUCUUCUUCUUCUCCCGUAUUUUUUUUUUUUAUGUCCUGACUGCAUUGUAAAAGCAGCCAUCUCAUGCAAGCCUCUGUCCCGUCUCCCCGAAAGAGCGCAAACGCCUGCCGUGGUGACCCGCGGUUCGGCGGCGGCGGCGGCCGGGCUGAGGUAGCAGUGCCUCUACGUACUUGGAUCAUAGUCACCGUAAUUAUCGCCAGCUAUCUGAGUCUGCGUUGUACUACAGUAAUUUCUUUUGACUACUUGUGAGUUUUGCGUGCGGGUGUGUAAAUAGUGUGUACAAGGAAGCCAGACUGGUGUUUGCCUUUUGUUUAAAAAAAAAAAAAAAAGGAAAAAGAAAAAGAAAAAGUGAGAAUGACCGACAGAGGAUGUUUGUGAACGACUCGUUUCAUGACCAAUUAUUUAGCCAUUUCUGUUUUUUUGUUGUUGUUUUAUUUUUGCUGACAGAUCACAAUAAUGCAAGCCCCUUUCUUGUCUCCUUUCCAUGUGACGCUUGUAACCCACAACUGUAGCUUCGCGUUAUUUAUGUCGUUAAACAAAUAUGACCAAUCUGCACUUUUAAUCCAGCUUUUGGACCUCAGCACCCCCUACCACCCCCCACCCACCACCGCCGUUACCUUCAGUCCACGUCCACACCUUACUGUGAAAAUAAAGCUCUCAUAUUUUUAAACUGUUUUCCAGCUGCUCGACCAUGUCUUCAAAGCUACUUCGGCGGUCCCGCGGGGCCCGGCUUGUUGACCUGCACAGAUAAAUGUUUGCAUGAGGUUAAGCCGGAGCAGUUCCACAGACGGUGGGGCUGCAUGUUGACACGGCGCCGGCAGCCGGUUUAGCCCCGGGUGCACGUUUUAUUAAUCUCUGCGGGAAGUAGAUGCUUGAGAUAUCUUCAGGAAAAUAUUUGGAGACGCAUCUUAAGUUAUUCCCCCCCCCCCCCCACACACACACACACACAUACACACACAAGGUUUGCGCAAGAAACCCAAUUUUGAGUGAACCGUAGACUUAAGGCAUGAAGCCCAGAUUACACCUGAGGCUGUAGCUCCAGUGCCAUGCAAAAAAAGUAUUCACACCUCUUUCAUUUUUCGCAUUUUGUCACGUUCCAGCUACAAACAUGGAUGUAUUUUGUGGGGAUUUUAUGUGGAUAGAGCAACACAAAGUAGUGCGUAAUUAUGAGGAGCGCAGAAAGUCAUUCAUGCUUGUAAAUUUCUUAGUCAUAGUCACGCGUAUACGUUGUCUGUCUCUGAGUCAGGACCCGUGGAACCGCUUUUUGCUGUGGUCCUUUUGCAUUACAUCUCUACCAUCUCUGCACAUCAGGACAUUUCUGUCUAUUCUUCUUUAGAAAAAUAGUUUUCCUCCACGCGGCAUUUUGCAGUAAGGACGAAAAUCAUAAGGCCAGAUUUGUGGGAAACCAACACUUGUCCUGUCACCAGAUUCUCCCACCUGAGGUGUAGUUAUCUGCAGCUCCUCCAGAGGUCAUACUUGCUGAAAAUCAGCAUCCCCAAAGCAAGAUGCUUCCUCCGCUAUAAAUUAACUUGGUGAUAGCUUGCUGGGUGACGUUAAGCCUUAGUUUUUCAUCCCACAUAGUAUCGCACUUUUAUCCCCCAAUAAGGCUCUCCAACCUCUGAGGCCUUCCCAGAGCAGCUGUAUUCACGCUGAGAUGGACGGACAGCAGCUGGUUUGCUCUGGACUUUUAUUUAGGAGUGUUUUCAACCCACUGAUUACUUAAAGUUGGUCUGUCACAUAAAAUGGCAGCAAAAUACAAUAAAGUUGGUUCGUCUAAUGUGACAAAAUGUGAAAGUUUAAGGGGAGUGACAACCUUUUGAAAGCCGCCGUUUGCUCCAGGUUUAAGCUUUUGGGCGUUUCUCUGUAUUUUCCUUAUGAGAUCAGCUUAGGAACCUGCUCAUGAAAAGUAAGGAAAAACAGAGCCACCCGUGUUUAUAGUGAAAUGAAUGUGCGCGGUCCUUCCCAUGUGUCUGUUGCCUGUCCGUAGGAAUUUGUUUCACCUAAAGCAACAAACGCUUUGUGUCGUAGGUUGACUCAAAAAAUGGUGUUAAACUUAGAAAAUGCGAGGGAAAACCUGUGAGAGGAAACCGAGGGGAAUGUCGCAGUGAGCCGGGGAGAACUCCGUGUUGUAAUUCAAACUAGAUAAUGGAGCCGGGCGUCCUGCUUCCUUUGUCUUUUGAAAGCGUGAUGCAGCCGUUUUAAAAAAAAACAAAAACCGGACACUUAAGUCUCAGCUAAUCACUACCGAAUCCUGUCCUCAUGGUGCGAUCUGCUCGGUUUUUAAUGAGGAAUGAUUCAUCAUGGGAAGGAGAGGAGAACCGGAGGGCUCACACAAGGUAUUUGUCGCCAGUGUGCUUCGUUUUGCACAGUUUUUAAAGUAAUGCAAUAGGGACGGAGAACCAGAUCUGAGAGAGAGAGAGAGAUCUCCUCCCUUUUCAUAUCAGCUUCCCCAUCAUUGUCUUUUUUUUUUGCAGAUGGAGACUUGAAAACGCCGCAGCUUCAGGGCAUUUUGCCCAUAACUUCUCAAUCAGAGCGGGGCUUGCAUUGGUGUUUGUUUGGGCUCCGGUCCAACGUGUAGCUCUGCAUCUGUUUUUGUAGAGCAAAAGGCAAAACCCAUUCUCCACGUAUGGAGGUUUAUUUUUGUUUUUAAGCGUUCCAGUUUUGAGUGAUAAUCAGGCUUGAAUCAAACACUGUUUGUCUGAGCGGUGUGUUUGUGUGUGUGAGUGUGAGUGUGAGAGAGAGAGAGGAAAAAGCUUUUUACUGACAUCAUUCCAGAGAAAAGGUAUGCUCAAAUAUAUUAUUUCAUGUCUUAACAUUGUUUCCUUUGUGACGAUAAAGCAAAGCAUCAUCCUUCUUUUAAAGAUGUGUUAAAGAAAGCGUGAAAGUUUUUUGUUUUGUUUUUUAUUAAUUGAUGCGCAGUCUGUCUCUGCCUCCUCAUGUAUGCAUUUUUGUGGGUUUGUUUUCUUAUGAUUGCAAAGCUGAAUCAUCAAAUCACUAAUUAAAAUAUUUCAUUUUUACAGA